GAAUCUCUAUGAUUCGAUUUCCUAAAGCUAAAAUUCAAAAUAAAAGCUUAAAUGAAGAGCUAAAUUUCUUACAACAUGCUAUAGUGUAACUGAGGAAAUGAGACACAUUGUUAAAUAGUCAAAAGGUUAAGAAUGUUAUGGAGAUGAGUUAAAAAAUAAAAAAGAGAUGUUAAAAUAUUUAAUUUAAUUUACUAGUUCAUUGUUGCAUAAAAAAAUGGAGAUGUACUGAUGAGUGCCACUAGAGGGCACUAAUGUUUUGAGUACUACAAGGCAAGUGGCAAGCGAAUAAAAAACUGCAGAUAGCAUGUGAAACUGUUCCUGUGUCAGUGAUCUGUGCAACUGAUAAAAGAAACAAAGACUACACAGCAAAAUCCCCAGUGUCAAAUUAACACUGUUGUUUGUUGCUGCCACUCCAUACAUCAUGUGAGAGCACUGUGAUAUCACUGUGACCAUGUGGAGAAACAGGAAGUAGAAUCUCCGCCCGGUGACCGAUAUUUGAGCUGCCUCCUCUCAACCUCAACAUUUUGAAUUCACAAUGAGCUCUCGUAUUACUCACACUGUGAGUAUCACCGUAUGAGAAUGGUGUGAUGUCACCAUGGUCAUCACAUGAUCUCACUUGUUGACUGGGUGUGGCAGUAGAGACAAAACCAGAAGAGGAUCUCGCAGUCUUCACAAGACGACAGAGUGGAAUAAUAUCACCGUUUGCUUAAUAGAAUAACCCUCAUAAAAUGGCAACCGAAAAAGUCUUCAGACCGAGAAUGAACAAGCGCAAUAUACGAGAGUUAUACCUUGAAGGAAAAUACAUUAGCAUACAAGAUCUGAAAGUCAGACAUGAUAUAAGUGAAGAACAACAAGUACAAAAGUAUCUUUCCAAAGACAUCUCAGAUUAUCCAACUCUUGUUGAAUUUCACAUCACAGAAGUGGCUCAUGUGACUAACAAGACAAGUCUUUCACGGAUCUGGAACUCAGAGGGAUUCAAGGGUCUUGAUAGAGAUUCGUUAUCAUGGUGGAGCCUGAAGAUUAAUGAAGCAGAUAUAAGUGCAGCAGAGGAGCGUUAUCUCGAGAAAUUGUUCCCAAACAUAACCAAAGAAGAAAAAACAGCUAAUCCGCCAUUCCUGAGAGAAUUCACUACAUCACCCUUGUUCCUGAACGAAACCUCACGCUACGGCAACUUCCGCUUCACAUUUCCUCUGACUGAACUGAUGGAAGCCUACAAAAAGCAGAAAUGUGAUGGUCAAGAGCCAGUUCUCCGGAUUUAUGAGACCAAACUUUUCAAGCAGGAGAUUGAGUAUGUUGUUCUCGUUCACAGCCCUGAGCUCAAUGAGCAGUUCAGUCGUUUUCCACUGCUUACAUCCACACCCAGCCCAGUUGUUGCUUAUGAUGGACAUCAAAUCAUCUGGAAAGCCCAAGCCAUUUGCGAAACUCACAACUUCCAACUGGCAAUCUGUGGAAACACAGCAGUGGCACAAACCAAGUAUCCAUAUCCUUUUUAUGUGUGGGAUCAGGUUAGUCUUGCCUUUCACACCAGUGAGGUCCUGACCUUCCCUAAAAGAAAGCUUAAAGCAAGCCUCAGUUGUUGUAAACUGGAUCCAAAGGUAAAACUUGCAUAUGGAGAAAAUUGCUUUUCCCUUGAUGAAGCUAAGAAAUGCAUUGAAAGCUUGCAAGAUGAUGAUGAAAAAGAAGAUGAAGAACAUAAAUCUGUAGAGGUGAAAAUGGAAGUGGACUGAAAGGUGUGCAAGUUCUGCAAGAUAUUUCAGUUAUGUUGCUUUGUAGUGUUUUGCCCUUCCUGCCAAGCAGCUUGGUCAUAAAUAAAUAAAAGUUGGAGGGUAAAUUUAAUUAUUAUUAUUAAUAUUAGUUACAUUGAGAGGCUGUAAUACAGCACUAUUUUUACCUAAUGCUCUCCGUCUUUCUUUAACCAGUCUAGUCACAAAAAGAUUUUAUUUUGUAUUUUAGUGCAGCUGCUAACUCAGCAUGCCUUGUGACUUUUGUCUGUGUAUUGAUAGUUGUGUCAAUAAAGCA